AUGGCUUCCGUGGAACUUCUGCACCUCUCCAAGGAGGGCAAGCGGUCGGAUCGCUGCCGCGACGGGGACUGGAGCUUGCAUGCUGUCCUGGGUCAAGGCCAGCCUGACGAAAGCGAGGAGAGGACUAGGACGUUCGCCAUGGCCGCAGAGUGUUCUAGGAGACACGGCAAAGCUGCAGAAAAGACAGCCGCCGCCGAUCCUGUGAAAGACCCUGUUUCCUUUAUUUCCCCAUCACCCCUGUCCCAGGAACACUCAACGGCAGACGGUACCAUUUGCUAUCCCAGCUACUCCAAAGAAGGAAAGGAGGCAACCCAAAAGAAAGCCUGCUGCUGUGAAUCGGAAACCUCCUUCACUCACGUGGAUGAAAAUGUCAACAAUCUAGAACAUGGGAGAAGUCUUGCCAAUAAGUGCUGUUGCCAAGACCACGAUCUCCUUCCCUACCCUGAUCCAGGUGAAGAGUUACCCCUGGAAUGGCCCUACGAUCCCCCCUCCUUAGUUUCUGAGGAAGACGAUGACGCCAACUCGGAAGCUGCCGGAGGGAAGUCUGUAGACUAUGGCUUCAUCAGCGCCAUCUUGUUUCUAGUCAGUGGGAUUUUGCUGGUGAUUGUUUCCUACGUGGUUCCUAGGGAUGUGACGGUGGAUCCCAGCACAGUGGCGGCCAGGGAGAUGGAGCGGCUGGAGAACGAGAGUGCCAAGAUUGGGGCUCACCUGGAUAGGUGUGUGAUCGCCGGGCUCUGCCUUUUAACCCUGGGGGGCGUGGUGUUGUCCAGUUUGCUCAUGAUAUCGAUGUGGAAAGGAGAACUCUACCGGAGGAACAGGUUUGCGUCCUCCAAGGAAUCUGCCAAGCUGUAUGGCUCCUUCAAUUUCCGAAUGAAACCCUCCACCAAUGAUAAUAUGGAGUUAUCGUUAGUUGAGGAAGACACUCUCGCCAUAGAUAGUUAG